GGCAUAGGCCAUGCUCGUUUUUUCUACAAAACUUUUAUCUAUAUUUCGGUGUUUGUGCCCCUAAAGAUUUCCACCCUCGGUGAGAGAGGUUUGUGGGUUAGAGCAAUAAACAAUUUUCCGUAAAUUUUUGUUGGCUCGUGAACACUUACAGUGGAAAUCUUAGGCACAGCUUUCUUCACUCUCUCUUCAAUAUGGCUCACGGAUUUACUACAGAAACAAAUCCUGAGAUGUCCCACGACUUGCGGAAAGACAGAGGGCUAUCUGAACUUGGAUCGGAACAAUAUACUCAGACCGUUACAUCAUAUUCAAAGAGGCUAUUACAGUGCCAAAGCGAUAUUGACAACAUUUGUGAUUUCGUCGCAAAAAAUCCAGUGCAUCUUAGAGAUGUGAACAGCAUCAUAAACAAACUGGACAAAAACAUUAGUGAGUUUGAUAAGCUAUAUACUAAAUACUCAACUUACCUGAGUACUCUGAGAACAUCAGACAGUAUACAAGAGAAUUCUAAGUGGAAAGCAGUUCUGGACUCUACUAAGACCAAAGUGUGUGAUGUUAUUAAGCGUCUUAAGGUUCCGAACAAGCCUUCAUCUAUGACGGUGUCCGGGCGAGUCAGUCAGCGUUCCAAGUUAUCGUCCUUUCUCUCUCAGGGAGGCACAAAACAGCUAGGGGAAGCCGUACUGAAACACUCCGAACGCCUCUCUUCAGCCAAGGCUCGACUCAAGUUUGCAGCAGAAGAAGCUGCUCUCCUCAAACAGGAAGCAGAACUUAAUGCUAACAAGAUCAUUCUAAGUACGAAACGUGAAGUUGAAGAAGCGAAAUGCAACCUCGAGGCAUUGUAUGACAUGUCGGAUCUGGGAGAGAGCUAUGCUCCACCAUCCAGUGUUGAAGACAACCAACUCGAAGCAGAAUCAGUACUUCAACGAACAAAAUCUUAUGUUGACUCUCAAGAAGAUACAAGAUCCCAAAGCCAAGACCGUGCUCCUACGGAGGAUGAAAGUGAGUCUAAUUUACCCCAGAGACAGUUGGAUAACACAGUAGAACCAACAUCUUAUUUUGUUCCCUCCGCGAAUGGUGUCCAAAUAAAUAACAUGAACAGUACAGGGUUCAAUCCGCAAACACCGCAUACUGGACUUACUGACAUGAACACAUGCUCGGAGUUUGCUAAAGUCUUCGCCAAGAAGGACUUAGUUUCAAAGAUACACAUCUUUGACGACAAUCCAGAGAACUUUUCCUCAUGGAAAGCCUCAUUCAAAAAUGCAGUGAAAGAACUUAGUCUCACACCCAUGGAGGAGAUGGGCCUGUUGAUUCAGUGGCUGGGGAACACCUCAUCAGCAACUCAGGCAAAGAGUAUCAGAAACGCUAACGCCUCGAAUCCAGGUCGCGGGUUACAACGUAUAUGGGAUCGCCUUCAGGAUCGCUUCGCUAAUCCGGAAGUUGUCGAGUCUGCCAUCAAGAGGAAACUUGCUAAGUUCCCUAAGCUAGGAAACAAAGACAAUACAAAGCUAUAUGAACUCUUUGAUAUUGUGUCAGAAAUCGAAUCCUUGAAGGAAAACCCUGUCUACUCAACAUUGCUCGCUUACUUCGAUUCAUCGUCAGGUGUGAACCAAAUUGUGGCCAAGUUACCUCACUACAUCCAAGAAAAAUGGGUGACAGAAGCAACAAACUACAAGCAGAGGACUGGACAUCCAUAUCCUACAUUUCCUGUGUUUGUGGCAUUCUUGGAGAAGAUCACAAAGAUGAAGAAUGACCCUAGUCUACAGUUUGACACCUUACCUGACGCUAACAGAAGUGAACAGCAGAAGGUACACCCAGUAAAGCUGCAAGGUCGUAAGAGUAACACUACUGUGACUGCAUUUAAAACACAACUACAAAGCUCUGGAACCCUACUUAAAGACAGUGGUUCUUCUUUGGACAAGUGCCCUAUUCAUGAAAACUCUAAACACACAUUAAAUGAGUGUCGUUCAUUUCGUGCUCGACCAUUAGAUGAGCGGAGAACAUUCAUAAAGGAAAAGGGCUACUGCUUUCGUUGCUGUGGUCCAAAGAAGCACAUGAGGUCAAAAUGUAAUGAGACUGUCCUAUGUUCUGUUUGUAAAGGCUCUGAUCAUCCAUCAGCCUUACACAAAGAUCCUGAUACCACCUCACUGGCCGUAGAAUCCCAUGAGGGGGAGAGGCUCCCAGUUGUUAGUUCCAGCUGCACUCAGAUAUGUGGGAAGCCAUUCAACACCAGCAAGUCAUGUGCAAAGAUCGUGAAAGCCCUUGUAUAUCCAAAACAGAAACGUGACCUUGCUAGAUAUAUCUACUGCAUCAUUGAUGAUCAAAGCAGCAACACUCUCGCCACUUCUAGAUUCUUUGAUUGUUUCCAUGAAUACGGUCCAGACCAUCUGUACACGUUGAAAUCAUGUUCCGGUGAAUCUGUAAACAGUGGACGUAAAGCAUGCGGAUAUGUGAUAGAGUCCUGUGAUCAAUCACAAGUGUUCAGAUUACCAGAUAUCAUAGAGUGCAACGAGAUACCACAAAAUCGCAGUGAGAUACCAUCUCCUGAAGUUGCGGCUAUUUACCCACACCUUAGUGACAUUACUCACUAUAUACCUACCAUUGACAAUCACAUUUCGAUUGAACUACUUAUUGGUCGUGACCUUAUUGACACUCAUAUAGUGCUUGACCAACGUGUUGGUGUUCCUUUAGGACAGAUAUUACCCCUUGGAUGGGUCCUCAUUGGAAACUCCUGUCUAGGAACAGUUCAUGAACAGACAGUUGUCACUGUCAACAAGACCGCCAUACUAGCCAAUGGUAGACCAACCUACCUGGAGCCCUGUGAAAGUUCCUUUUGUGUGAAAGACGACACAGUAUUUAAGCAAACAGCAUAUGAUGAAUGUGAAGGGCUGUCGUUAGAAGACCAGGCCUUCCUGGAUAUCAUGGACUUAGGAUUCCAAAUGUCCGAGUGUGGUAAAUGGACAGCACCUCUACCAUUUCGGACGUGUAGACCCAUUCUACACAACAAUCGAGAAGCCGCAAUGAAACGAGCUAUUUCGUUCAAGAACAGUCUUAUACACAACCCAACCAAAGCAGCGCAUGUCCGAGAGUUUAUGCAGAAGAUACUGGAUAGACAGCAUGCUGAACCCGUUCCUGUAACAACCAGUAAUGCAGAAAAAUGGUACUUACCACUAUUCAGUGUCUAUCAUCCCAAGAAGCCCAACAGCGUCAGGGAGUUCUUCGAUUCUUCUGCGAAGUAUUAUGGGUAUUCCCUCAACGAUGUUCUUUUGAAAGGACCUCCUCUCUACAACAGUCUUCUCGGGAUCCUGCUCCGAUUUCGAAAGGAAGCAGUUGCUGUUACCGCGGACGUUGAACAAAUGUUCCAUAACUUUCUCGUUACUCCAGGACAUAGAGACUAUCUUAGAUUCCUCUGGCAUGAGGACAACGACAUCUCUAAACCACUAGUAGACUAUCAUAUGAAUGUUCACGUUUUCGGGAACAGCCCGUCACCAGCUGUAGCCACUUACGGGCUACGCAAGGCAGUCGAGAAUGCAGAGACAGAUGUUCAGGACUUCAUUUACAAGAACUUCUAUGUCGACGACGGCUUGGUUUCCUGUCGUACAUCUGAAGAAGCCAUCAAUCUGCUUACUCGUACACAACGUGUUCUGCAUGACAAUGGGAAACUUAGGUUACACAAGUUCGCUUCCAAUAACAGGGAGGUGUUGGACUCAUUUCCACAGAGUGAGCUGGCUAAGGAUCUCUGUAACCUUGACCUUUGUAAUGAUGCACUACCAUUGCAGAGAAGUUUAGGACUCUCUUGGGACAUUGAAACUGAUCAGUUCACAUUUCGCACGUGUAAAGACAAGAAACCAUUCACCAGACGCGGAAUAUUGUCUGUGAUUAAUGGACUUUAUGAUCCCAUAGGCUUUGCUGUCCCUGUCAUUUUGAAAGGCAAGCUUUUGAUGAAAGAAAUUCUGUCUAGUACAAUCACCUUAGAUUGGGAUGACCCAAUUCCUGAGAUGUUUAAAAGCCCAUGGGACGACUGGGUACAAUCCUUAAUUGAACUAGAACAAGUGUGUGUUCGUAGGCAAUACUCGGAUCACUCAUAUACAGAUUCCAGUGUUCAUCUUGUACAUGUAUUCUGCGAUGCAUCGAAAGAUGCAAUUGGUGCUGUUGCAUAUCUACAGCUCUUUGGACCUGUCAGUUCAGAGCCCACACUCAGUUUUCUACUUGGAAAGGGAAAGCUUGCACCUAAUGGCGGCAACACCAUUCCUCGGAUGGAACUGUGCGCCGCAGUUCUUGGCGUCGAAGUUGCAGACAUAAUCAAGGAACAACUUGGUAUUCCAUCAGAGUGCUUUCGAUACUACACAGACAGCCAGAUUGUCUUGGGUUAUCUGACAAACACUACUCGCAGAUUCUACGUUUAUGUGUCAAACAGAGUGAAGCGUGUUCAUUCGUCCUCAUCUCCGACACGAUGGACACAUGUUCCCACUGAGCAGAAUCCGGCUGAUCUGACUACGAGAUCAGUAUGUGCUACUCAACUUUCGAGCAGCAUGUGGUUGACCGGACCCCCAUUUAGGACACUGACGAAAACAUUUGCAGAACCACCCUCAUGUUUUCCAUUAGUGGAACCAAACAAUGACUGUGAGAUUAGACCGGAAGUUACGUGCAGCAAAGUUCAGGUGGAUGAUGUGAAACUCGUUAACCCCAAGAUUGGAUCAGAGAGAUUCUUAAGAUUCUCAACAUGGGAAUCUCUUGUUCAAGGAGUCAAGAUAUUGAAGCAAUUCAUAUAUAAAUCAGUGAAACACAGUGACAUUGACUCAAGUAAUGCUUAUGAACGCGCAGAACUUUUUGUGAUACAGACAACUCAGGGAGAAGCGUAUGGCGACGCAAUAAGAUGCAUCAAAGAUGGAUGUCCCUUGCCAAAAGGACACUCACUUAUGCCAUUGUCGCCAUUUAUUGACCAACAUGGUAUACUCCGCGUUGGAGGUAGACUUGACAAAAAUGGACAAGGAGAUGGCCACCUUCACCCUGUGAUCAUGCCAAAGAACCAUUAUGUCACCAGGCUGCUUGUUCGCAAAUUCCACCACCAAGUGCUACAUCAGGGACGACUGUUGACGGAAGGUGCUCUUCGAUCAGGUGGAUUCUGGGUAGUCGGUGCCAAAAAUCUCAUAAGAUCAGAGAUCAAAUCAUGCGUCACAUGUCGCAAGUUGAGAGGAAGUUUCGGUUGGCAGAAGAUGGCAGAUCUACCUGAGGAUAGGAUACAGCCUGCUCCACCCUUUUCUUAUGUAGGUGUGGAUACCUUUGGACCCUGGACAACCACGCAACGACGGACCAGAGGGGGAACGGUGAAUCAGAAGAGAUGGGCCUUGAUGUUUACAUGCCUUGUUUCACGAGCAGUUCAUUUGGAAGCCAUUGAAGAGUUGUCCACAGCUUCAUUUAUCAACGCAUUACGCAGGUUCAUAGCCAUAAGAGGCCCUGUUAUACAGUUUCGAUCUGAUCGCGGGACAAACUUCAUUGGGGCAGUGCAUGAACUAAACAUUCCUUCGGAACUGGUGGAAAACCCAGCAUCAAAAAGGUAUCUUGAGGAGAACAAGAUCAAGUGGGUGAUCAAUCCUCCCCAUGCCUCCCACUUUGGUGGGGUAUGGGAAAGAAUGAUAGGUGCUUCAAGGAAGAUACUGGACAGCUUACUCUUGAACCGUAAGGGACCUUUGACACAUGAAAUUUUGACUACAUUCUUGAUGGAAGUUAGUGCUAUCCUGAAUGCUAGACCACUCGUCGCAGUAUCAACUGACCCAGAUACACCACAGGUACUUUUACCAGAUAUGUUGAUUCAUCAGAAAACUGUACAUACCUCACAAGUGGACAUUCCAGUGUUUGGGACCAAGGAUGCCCUCAAGAGUUCCUGGAAGCAGGUGCAGUACUUGGCAGAUCAGUUCUGGCAGAGAUGGUACACAGAAUAUAUGCAGAGCUUACAGAUUUGUCAGAAAUGGUCGACAGAAGGUAGACAGUUUCAGAAAGGAGAUGUGGUUCUGAUGCGUGACGAUUCGUUAGCUAGAAACCAGUGGCCCCUUGCUAUAGUAACAGAGACCUUUGAGAGUGAUAAUGGACGCGUACGCAAGGUCAAGAUAUUUUGUGGCCGUAACAAAACAUUUUAA